AUGGUAACGAGGAACCUGAUCGUUGAUCAUCUCCAUCAGCAGUUAUUGGUUGGUGACAAAAACGGUGACGAUCAGCGAAGAAGAAACAUGGUGGUCAGUAGGGCAAGCGCAUCGUCUUGGUUGCGGCCAUUGACAGUGAGUCUGUGCCUUUGCAUGGUGAUAAAUGCUGCGGUGGCAACAAGCACCACCGUCAACGUGACAACCGCCUCCACCGAGGAAAGUGCAACUGUCAGUGGACUCAGCACGGCAGACUACCAUAAUCAGACCAUUAGUAGGGACAGUGACAAGUUAGAUAUUGAUAUGGUCAACGUGACAACAACUACGCACCUGCCGGUUACCGCCCGAGCGGUGCGAAGAAAGCCGCUAUUUUCUACCGGAAAUCGGCUCUGGGAUGCUCUGAUAGCAGAGUGCAUCCAAAAGCCCACCUUUGCAUGCAUUCAGAAAAAUGUGUACAGUUUCUUGGGUGAGUCGCUGGAUGUCGGUGACUUUAACGUCAGCAACCGGCUGGUGUUCGUUAAAAAUCGGGUCGAUUACACUAAGUACACCCGCGAGGCGAACGAAGAUGGGCAUCAUGAAGCGGACAACGAGAUACCGGACGCGAGAGCAGAUUACGAACCUACAUCUCCGAUCGAGGAGGUCACUUCGGCGCUACGCGGCAAGACGCUCAAGUUCAUGCUGACGCACGAUCUCAACGUGCGUAUGCCAGAAAUCAUGUUCGACGGAGCCAUCUUUCGCAUCGAACCGCGAGCCAUCGAGGGCAACGGAAUGCUCGCCAAGCUGGAGUUCGUCCCACGCACCGCACUCCAGUCCAGGGGUAUAACAGAACCGAGGAUUCUGUUCAAGAAAAUUAAAAAACUAUUCACCGGCAAACUACUUCUCGCCUUUCUCGGUCUGAUAUUAGUGCUAAAGAUCAUCAAGAUCAAGGUCAUGUGGCUGUUCCCGCUGCUGGUCGGCGUCGGUACCGCCAAAAAGCUGGUUCUCAAGUUCCUGCUCUUCCUCUUCCCGGCGCUGUCUCAUAUAUUCAAGCUAUGUUCAUACUACCACGCAUCCUACCACAAGCCGAACUUCCAUCACCAUCAGCAUCACAUCAACCAUCUGCACACGUUCCAUCCGCAUGACCACAGUUCCGCCAACUUGCCGGAAUUGAUCUACACCAAACCUCCUCGUGGACACCCGUCGGAGUAUAUCCACGGAGCACCGGUGCCACCACAUGCCCACUUCCAGCCGGAAUUCCACUACGAAUCGUCCGGCGUUGGACUUGGAUCCGAGUUCAUUAGCGAUAGAAACUCUUACGUAGACACCUCAUUCAAGCCAAAGUACGAGGAUUUGAGUGAUAUCACUGCAUGGGGUUUGGGCACUGGUUCAACAACAGCACCCCCACUACAAUCAUCAUCAUUCUCUUCACCAUCCUACGGUAGUAGUCACAGUAAGAGCAGCAAUGUAAAUCCACUAAUGCAUCAUCAGCCAAGAAUCAUCGGUCCCAAACCCGUAUACGGACCACCUCCAUCCGCUCUCGGACCCAGCUUCCCACCGUACGCUUCCAAACGAACGCCGACUGGAGCGGCUAGUUCUAUUGCAGCAUCGUACGCUUCCGCCCCGUCCGGGCCACCGAUGACGGCAGAGGAGCAAAUGAUUCGAGAGGCGCAACGACAGGAGGCUUACAGGAUAGCGCAGGAGCAAAAGCUGAUCGCCAAACAGCAGCAAAUCAUCAAUCACCAAGCGUUUGUGCAGGAAGGCGUCACUCCGCGCCCAGUUGAUCCAUUCUACAGUCCCAUCCUGCAGCGGAUGGACAAGGUGUUCAACUCGCUCGGCAUAGUCGACGAACACUGCCGCGAAAGGCUUGUCUGUGCCAUGUACAAAACCCCACUCAAGUACAGUCCGCACAGUAACUACAUCUCAGCGGAACUGAGCAGGGACGCAUCGGAACUACAGAAACCCACCUCGACGAACGCUGCGGUGAUUCGAUUCUACCGAUACGUGCAGGCGGCUCGUGAUGGACAGGAUCAGCGUGACUGUCGGCAGAUUUACUCGCACUGCACAAUCAACGUUGACAAGAAGUAG